AUGAAAAAAAGUUGUCAGUACUUGGUUUUGAGUUGCUCUCUGUAUGUGUAUAUAGAGAUAAAGCAAUGGAAUUGUAGUAAUUGCUUGCUGCUGUUUGCAAACAAAGAUUUUGACUGUUUGAGCAAUAGUGUGGUAUCAUUGCAGUCAAACAACAAGGUGAGAAUGACAACUCAAAUAAGCACAAAAUUUCGACUGGUUAUAUGUCCUAGAUGCAGACAGCUUCUGACAGAGUUGCCUGAGCUUCCUUUAUACAAGUGUGGAGGAUGUGGCACGACUCUCAAAUCUAAAACACAGAGAAAUGACACCAACCACGACGGAGUAGACUUGCAAGAUACAAACCGAGUUUCGGAAAGUGAGCCGGAUCGUAUUUUGAAGGAGAAUGCAGAGAGCAGCUCAAAUCUAGAUUUAACCCCAUUGGGUGGAAAAUCUUUGCGAAUUGAAGAAAAACCAAGAGAUGAGGGCGAAUCUGUGGUCAACAAUGGGGAGAAAUGUGAAGAUACGAUAGUCUCUCGGGAGCUUUCUAGCUCGCUUGAGGUUAGCGGUUAUGAGAAUAAAGAUUUAUCCAAAGUAGUCAUUGGACAGUUGAAACCACAUAAAGAAGGAAAAUGUCCAUUAGGCCAAAAUGCCAAAACACUUGAGAGCGAAUUUCAGGAUUGCAAUGGGGAAACGAUUGCGGGAAGAAACUCUUCUGCUGAAUUGCCUAGUUCAAGCGAAUGUUCCAGUCAUGAUGCCGAUGUCUCAAACCCUGAAAUCAGAGAACACAUGGAAUCAGAUGACAAGAGUCCAUUAGAGCAAUGCUCCGGAAGGGAUCAAAAGGAAUAUGGAGAUUUUCGAACACAACGGUGUGGAAGUGACAACUAUGUUGACCAAGCCGGCUCUUCACCCGAGCAUGAUCAUCACCAGAAUUGGUUGCCUCCAGAUGGUGAACACAGUGAAGGGGAAGAAAGCACACCUCUUGCACCAAAAAAUAAUGAAAAGGAUCUAAAUGGUUUUAUGGACUACAAUGGGGAGCAAUGUGAAGAUAGAAGUUUCGUUGAUGAGCUUUCUAGCAUAUGUGAGUUUAGCGGUUGCAAGAAUAAAGUUUUAUCUGUGAAAGUCAUAGAACAUUUGAAACAGGAUGAAGAAGGAAAAUGUUCUUUCGGCCAGAAUGCCAAAAAAUGUGAAAAUGGAAUUGAGGAUUGGAAUGGGGAAAGAUUUGCAGGCAGAGACCCUUCUGCUGAAUUUCCUAGUUCAAGUGAAUUUACCGGUCUGGAGGCUAAUGUUUCAACCCCAGAAAUCAGAGAACAUGUGGAAUCAGAUGACAAGAAUCCAUCAGAGCACUGCUCUGAAAGUGAUCAAAAGGAAUAUGGAGAUUCUCAAAUAGACUGGUGUAGAAGUGACAAUUCUCUUGACCAAGCCGGCACUUCACCCGAGCAUGAUCAUCAGAAGAAUAGGUUGCCUCCAGAUGGUGAACACAGUGAAGGGGAAGAAAAUAGGAGUUGCUCUGAUGAGCUUUCUAACGUAUGUGAAGUUAGCGAUUGUGAGAAUAAAGUUUUAUCUGCCGAAGUCAUAGAACAAUUGAAAGAGGAUGAAGAAGGCCAAUGUCCUUUCAGCCAAAAUGACAAACGAUGUGAAAGUGGAAUUCAGGACUGGAAUGGGGAAAAUGUGGCAGGUAGAAACCCCUCUGCAGAAUUUCCUAGUUCAAGUGAAUUUAGUAGUCAGGAGGCCGAAGUUUUAAUACCAGAAAUCAGAGAACGUGUGGAAUCAGAUGACAAGAAUCCAUCAGAGCAAUGCUCCGGAAGGGAUCAAAAGGAAUAUGAAGAUUUUCUAACAGAAUAUUGUGGAAGUGACAACUCUCUUGACCAAGCCAGCUCUUCACCCGAGCAUGAUCAUCAUCAGAAUAGGUUGCCUCCUGAUGGUGAACACAGUGAAGGGGAAGUUGAAGGGGAAGAAAGUACACAUCUUUCACUAGAAAAUAAUGAAAAGAGUCUAAAUGGUUUUAUGGACUACAAUGGGGAGCAAUGUGAAGAUAGGAGUUUCUCUGAUGAUCUUUCAAGCGUAUGUGAGGUUAGUGGUUUUGAGAAUAAAGUUUUAUCUGCAGAAGUCAUAGAACAGUUGAAACAGGAUGGAGGCAAAUGUCAUUUUGGGCAAAAUGCCAAAAGAUGUGAAAGUGGAAUUCAGGAUUCGAAUGAGGAAAGAGUUGCAUGCAGAAACCCCUCUGCUGAAUUUCCUAGUUCAAGUGAAUUUACUAGUCAGGAGGCCAACGUUUCAACCCAAGUAGUUAGAAAACGUGUGGACUUGGGUGAAAAGAAUCUAUCGGAACGAUGCACUGGAAGGGAUCAAAGGGAAUGUGGAGAUUCUCGAACAGAAUCAUGUGCUGACGACAACUUAAUUGCCAAAGUUCAGUCUUUACCCGAGUAUGAUCAUCAGAAGAGUAAGUUUCCUCCAGAUGAUAGAGAACAUAAAGAAGGGGACGAAAGUACUUAUCUUUCGCCUGAAAAUAAUGAAAAGGGUCUGAAUCGGUUUAGAGGUCCGAAUGGAGGGCUUCUUGAAGAAAUGGAUAAUAAUAGACAAGAUUCUACGUCCUUCGAGAUUGCUUUGCGUGCAAAUGCAAACUCAUCGCUGUCAGCUGGAAGCAGUACUGAAGUAAAAAUUGAUAUCAAGAAUCUGCCUCACUUCAGAAGCUCAAGCACAGAAAGAUAUGAGAAUGCAGAUUCAGGAGAUUCUUUAGUUGCCGCUCAAGAUCCCUCCGAUGAGAACAAGACAUCUGUCAGUCGCUUGUCUCCCAAUACUGAACAACUGGAUCAUUCUCAUAGAGAAGACACACGAAGUCUUGGUAGAGUGAGCUCAGUAGAUACACUAGAUAGUUUACCCUCCAUCAACUCUUGCUCUAAGCACAGUGUUAAACAUGUAGAUAUGUCUAAAUUUCCAACUACCAAAAGUUACUAUGCUUAUGACACUAGCUUAUCUUCUUAUGAUGGAACCAUUGAUCAAAUCCCCAACCAUGUUUUACACCCCCACAGAAGAAAGUUCAAGGAGAAAAUCUCCACCAGCACUGCUGAAUUGCACAAAAAAGGUGGAUUAAAUACAACUAACACGAGGAAUAGUGAGUCAGAGAUGCAAUAUUGGGCAGCCAGUUACUCGUCCGUGUUACAAGGAAAGCAAUAUCAUGCCAUGGAAGGCAGCAACAGUUGGCACCAUGUUGAAUUGCCUGAAACUAGAAGACAUUGCCGCAAGAGUGGUAAUAGAUUGGCAUUCACUUCAAGAGAUUUCCAAGCUGCCCACAGAAAUGGAAGCCCAUCAAGUUAUCAGCGAAGUUUGCUCCAAAAUCGUCAAGCUUACUAUUCAUCAGAUACGCCUACGUACUCUGAAACAGACAAAAUGGACUUGUUGAGAACCGUGUGUGAACUGAAAGAACAGCUCAACAGGAUGCAAUAUUCAAAACUAACGGCAAAUGGAAGGUUUCCUGCUGGUAUUGUGGAGGAAAAGUCAACUCCCUUGUAUUAUGAUCACUCAGCACCAGAAAGGGAGAUGUAUGCAGAUUUCAGCCACCCCACAUAUCCUGCCAGACACGAUCUGUUGAAAGGUUGGCCCCAACGACGCAAGGACUUGAGAAUGGCAUUUUCAGGGGAGGCUGCCCACUACAGACACCAGGUUAACUGCUCAUGUUUGCAUUGUUGUCCCCAAGACAUGCACCGCUCUGCUCAGUUGCCUUCACAUUCCAUGCUAUGCAACAAUGGUCAUUGCAUGGUCCACACUGGUCACAAUUGCUGUAAUGUCCUUGCCUCUAGUUCUUCCAGUCGCCAGCAUUACACAAGCUCUGAACAAUCUUUAUUGGGAUGCAAGACAAUGUCUGGAAACCAGAAGCAUAAAGACAAGGAAAUGAAAAGGUUAUAUUUACGAGAAAAGUAUCACAUAACGAAGUGGCAUCUCCUGCCCAUAGUUGGUGGAACCCCACUUAUUUCUUGUUAUCAUUGCUCAGAACUUUUGCAGCUGCCUUCAGAAUUUCUCCGCUUCGGGAAAAAAUAUCAUCAGCUGAGGUGCGAUGCAUGUGGGAAGGUUCUGAAAUUCUCACUCCUGGAAAGAAUGCACAUUGUUCCAUACCUUCCGGAAGCUUCAGCUCCACCACCCAGUGAGGCAGAUGAUUAUAGUGAUGCUAUCAAUCAAAGAAAUCAGUUGCCAACCUGCUCAACAGAAGGGGAUGCUUCAUUUCUUACACCUUCAGCUGACUGCAUUGAGUGGAAUGCUUACAACAGAAAGAUGUCGUCUGGCAGUUCUUAUAAGCCUACGGAAGAUAGAAAAAUGAAGUCUGUAUUGAAGGGAAAUGGGAACAAGAACGAGAGUUUGGUGGAAACCUCUAAACCAGUCGGAGCUUCAUGGCUAAGUGGAAAAAAGUUUCAUCUGAAAUUGAAGAGUUGCCAGAACCAUCAAAUUUUCCACUUCAUAGGAUCUCAGAACAAUGAUCCAUGCAAGUUGCAUAUUCAACUGAGUGGGGCUGGGGCUCAUGUGCCCGAGACUACAAACAUGCAGGUAGAGGUGUUAACAGGAUUGUGGCGCCCUUAA